UUUAUGAAUAAUCAAAAGCAGCAAAAGCCGACGCUAACAGGCCAGCGUUUCAAAACGAGGAAAAGAGAUGAAAAGGAGAGGUUUGACCCUACUCAGUUUCAAGAAAGUAUCGUACAAGGCUUGAACCAAACUGGCACAGACUUGGAGGCGGUUGCGAAGUUCCUGGAUGCCUCUGGCGCCAAGCUCGACUAUCGCCGCUAUGCAGAGACACUCUUUGACAUCCUGGUGGCCGGCGGAAUGUUGGCCCCAGGUGGGACUCUUUCCGACGACAUGACCCGCACAGAGUUUUGCCUCUUUACUGCGCAAGAAGACCUGGAGACGAUGCAAGCAUAUGCUCAGGUUUUUAACAAGCUGAUCAGGCGUUACAAGUACCUGGAGAAGGGUUUUGAGGAGGAGAUCAAAAAGUUGCUGCUGUUUCUAAAAGGGUUCACUGAAUCUGAGCGCAACAAAUUGGCCAUGCUGACUGGCAUCCUGCUGGCCAAUGGCAACAUAUCAGCCUCCAUCCUCAGCAGCCUCUUCAACGAGAACCUUGUCAAAGAGGGAGUGUCUGCAGCCUUUGCUGUCAAGUUGUUCAAGUCCUGGAUCAGUGAGAAAGACAUCAACUCUGUAGCUGGUAGUCUCCGCAAAGUGGGCAUGGACAACCGGCUGAUGGAACUUUUUCCUGCCAACAAGCGGAGCUGUGAGCAUUUUUCUAAGUACUUCACUGAUGCCGGGCUGAAGGAGUUGUCAGACUUCGCCCGCAACCAGCAAUCCAUCGGUGCCCGCAAAGAACUGCAAAAGGAGCUCCAGGAGCAGAUGUCCCGCGGUGACCCACUUAAAGAGAUCAUCGCUUUCACCAGAGAGGAGAUGAAAAAGGCCAACCUCUCUGAGCAAGCCAUGAUCGGUAUCAUCUGGACUUGCGUGAUGAGCUCUGUGGAGUGGAAUAAAAAGGAAGAACUGGUGACCGAACAAGCCAUCAAACACUUGAAGCAAUACAGCCCUCUGCUGAAGUCAUUCACCUCCCAGGGUCAGUCUGAGCUCAGCCUGCUGCAGAAGAUCCAAGAGUACUGCUAUGAUAACAUCCACUUCAUGAAGGCCUUUCAGAAGAUCGUGGUGCUGCUCUAUAAAGCGGAUGUAUUGAGUGAAGAGGCCAUCCUAAAGUGGUACUCGGAAGCCCCCCUUGCCAAGGGGAAGAGCGUCUUCCUCGAGCAGAUGAAAAAGUUUGUGGAGUGGUUGAAGAACGCAGAAGAAGAGUCGGAGUCGGAUGAAGAGGAGGCGGACUGA